GAAUUAUGUGACACACUGAUGAUUCAUUAUUGUUGCCAAUGUGGUUUGCUCUACUGGUGAAAAGAUAUUUGCACAGAAUCUAGGCGCAUGAAAACAGAAUAUGUGCUGUUUGGGUGUAGUAAAAUUCACAGUCUAGGAGUGUGUUAUAAUAAUUAAUAUAUUGCCUGAGUCAAAAUGCAAGGCCUCAACAGAUUAUUGUGUUUAUCUACAUGAAUAUGUGUGUAAUCCUUGCCCUGCUACCUACAUCGUUACUACAAUAACAGAAGCAGGCAGGACAGGUUGGGAGGUGAACAAAAUGCAAAAACUCUAAAUAUUUAACAGCUACUGUAAUCCAGUACCGUAAUCCAAUUUUGCCUUCUCAAAAACAACAUUUCAGAUAUCCCAAACUACAUUCUUCCUAUCCAAAAUUGGCUUUUCAGAUAUAUGCAAUGGAACUCCAGUUUGAGAUAGCAACCAUUUGAUUCUGACUAGUCAUAAUUGCAGUUCAAGAUAUAUUUAAUUCACCCCAAUUCAAGAUAGUCAAGAUUUUCCUUUUCAGAGAUCUUAAAUACAAUUUUAGCUAUAGGUGAAAUGAAGUUGUAGAUAUCUGGAACUGGAAUUAUGACUAGUCAGAAUCAAACUGCAGAUAUCUUAAAUUGGAGUUAGGGAAAUCUAUAAUUUAGUUGCUGAUAUCCGCAAUUUACUAGCGGAUCUCUGCAAGUGAAUUUUAGAUUUCUGUGAUGAGAAACCCCAUAGACAUGAAUUACAGAUAUCUUGAAGGAAAAUUCCAACUAUUCAAAAAGUCAUCACGAUUAGUCCAAAAUAAAUUGUUAAUGCCCUUGAAUCCCAAAACCCGGUUGGUCAAAUUUAGCUUUUAAAUGUUAAAACAUAGAAAUCCCAUACAAAUGAAUGGCAAUGUGACGUCAUUUGGCUAGCUAUCUUUAAUUCUGUCUUGGCGGGACAAAACUCAAUUAAAGUGAUCACUUGUAGUUUCGAAUAGUGACAAUGUUAAUUAGUGAUAGUGAAAUUUAGCUUUUAAUUGUUGAAUCCAACUGCCACACCUAAAAGGGAGAAACGGAACAUGUGACGUCACCCAGCCAUCGUCUCCGACACUCACAUGUUGCCUUCAGGCACAGCUUGAAACUCGGAUUUAUUAAACGUAGAUUCAUUCUUUUUUCAGUUUAAUUCAAUAGUUUAGUUUGUGUUUCGUAUUUAAACAAAUAAAAUAGGGCACUAUCUAGUAUACAUAUAUUUUUUUAAAUUGACGAGCAACUGCUUAAUUCCAGGUUACUCCCGCCCACCCAUAAACACCGCGAUGUCAUUGAACAUAACUCACCAAAGCAGCAUAGGUUUCGCAGGAAGGGAAACGAAAUUGAGAAUGAACAUUUCUAGCCCCGAGGAACAUCAAUUUAUUGAGUUCAUAGGCUGUGUUUGUGUGCGUACCACACCGUUUUAAGAUGCUCCAGUCUGUUGCCAGCAGUUCGUGCGUCCGCCUCAUUCAGAGCCACAAAUCGACGUGGUAUUUUGUGAUUCUGCUGCUGGGCUACAUCCUUUAUCUCAUCUUCGGGGCUGUUGUCUUCUCGUCCGUCGAGCUUCCUUACGAAGACGCCCUGCGCCAUGAGCUGAUGGCCAUGAAAACGCAGUUCCUUCGCGACAACGAGUGCAUCACCGAGGAGAGUCUGGAGCGCUUCCUCAGGGAAGCUCUCGAAGCGAGCAAUUACGGCGUCUCCAUCCUCAACAACACCGAUGCUAAGUGGAACUGGGACUUCACCUCUGCACUCUUCUUUGCCAGCACCGUGCUCUCCACCACAGGUUAUGGUCACACAGCACCACUGUCAGAGGGUGGCAAGGCCUUCUGCAUCAUCUACUCUGUGUUUGGCAUCCCGUUCACCCUCCUCUUCCUCACCGCCGUGGUGCAAAGGAUCAUGGUGUACAGCACAAGGAAGCCCAUCUCGUACAUCCACACACGCUGGGGCCUUUCGAAACCUCUGGUGGCCAUCGUCCACGCCUGUCUUCUCGCCUUGUUGGCUGUCUCUUGCUUCUUCCUCAUCCCUGCGGGCAUCUUCUCAGCAAUAGAGGACAACUGGAACUUCCUGGAGUCGUUCUACUUCUGCUUCAUCUCGCUCAGCACCGUUGGAUUGGGAGAUUAUGUGCCAGGCGAGGCAGCUAACCAGAAGUUCAGGGAGCUCUACAAGCUGGGAAUCACUCUUUACUUGAUCCUGGGCCUGAUCGUUAUGCUGGUGGUCCUGGAGACAUUCUGCGAGCUGCAGCAGCUGAAGCAGCUGAGGAAGAUAUUCUACCUGAAAAAGGAGAAGACGCAGGACCGCCUCACCAUCCUGGAGCACGACCACCUAUCCUUCACCUCCACACCAGGCACGGCGCACAGCGAUGACAAGGCCCACAUGUUCGUUAGUGUCUCCACUCUGUCUUCUCGCAGCGACGAGCUCAUGAUCCAGUAACGACUGACCGAGACAAUUUCAAGAAAACCCAAAUCUCUGAUGUAGUUAAAGCUGGUGAGAGCAAAGCUUCGUUAUGAGCUGUCCGUUAUUUAAAGCAUAUGUUGAAACAUUUUAGGACAUCAUCUUACAAUCGGACUGGUUAGCACAUCGGCAUCACAGUUCUGAAGACCUGGGUUCAAAUCUGGCCUUGCCUGUGUGGAGUUUUCAUGUUCUCCCUGUGCCUGCGUUGGUUUUCUCCAGGUGCUCUGGUUUCCGCCCACAUCCUCCCACAAUUAACCUACCAUGCACGGUAGGUUAAUUGAAGACUCUAAAUUGCCCAUAGGUGUGAAUGUGAGUGUGAAUGGUUGUUUGUCUAUGUGUGCCCUGCGAUUGGGUGACGAUCAGUUUACGGUGUACCCCGCCUCUCGCCCAGAAUUAGCUGAGAUAGGCACCAGCACACCCGUGACCUUAGUGAGGAUAAGUGAUACGGAAAAUGGAUGUUCCAACCAAGCUAAAGUUCUGGAGAAAUUAUCAAUUUCUUCUAAAAUAGCAGAUAGUGUUACUUCUGUGGACAUUGCUUCAAGGUGUACAGUUCAGGGUCUUUGGGAUUUAAGACACACAUCACUGAUUUCAGAAACUGGUACAGUAUGCUGAUUAUACAGAUUGCUCAUGACCGUUGCUCUUUAAUGCUUUUUUUGGCUUCUACUGCUUCGGUUGCAUAGUUGACAGGAAGAGGCUUCACAAGGCAAUUUGUCCGAGUCAAAAUGGUGCUGGCAUUAAUGUCCUAAUAGUUUAGUAGUAUCAUGUUAUGUGGCAAAUGUGAAACUGACAGGCGCUUUUUAAAAUGUAUUUAAGAACAUUGGUUCUGUGCCAGGCGGCACGGUGGCCGACUGGUUAGAGCGUCAACCUCACAGUUCUGUGGACCCGGGUUCAAUCCCCGGCCCCGCCUGUGUGGAGUUUGCAUGUUCUCCCCGUGCCUGCGUGGGUUUUCUCCGGGCACUCCCACAUCCCAAAAAAAUGCAUUAAUUGGAGACUCUAAAUUGCCCGUAGGCAUGACUGUGAGUGUGAAUGGUUGUUUGUUUCUAUGUGCCCUGCGAUUGGCAGGCAACCAGUUCAGGGUGUACCCCGCCUCCUGCCCGAUGACAGCUGGGAUAGGCUCCAGCACGCCCGCGACCCUAGUGAGGAGAAGCGGCUCAGAAAAUGGAUGGAUGGAUGGUUCUAUGUCAGUGCUACUUUAUCGUUAAUGAAGAUGUAAACUUUCCUGCUUGCCCUACAUUUCAUUCAGGGAUUUUCUUUCUCUGCACGUAUGUGUUAUAAUCGUGUUCUUGUGCUUAUUUAUCUGUUCCGUGUGUGAUUAUACACACUUUUAAUUUAUUGCCCUGUCUGAUAAAAUGUAUCGAAUGUGCACACAACUUAUGAGAAAAGGGAUGUCAUGUUCACCUUUAAGUGUAGGGAGCUGGGAGCUACCUUUGCACAUUUCCAGGAACCAGCCAAAUGGCAGACGUAUUGUGAAAAAAGUUGAAGUUAGCGACCGUAGCGUUCUCAUCUGUAUUGUGAAAAAAGUUGAAGGUAGCGACCGUAGCGUUACUCUGAUUGUAAAUGUUCUGAAAACGCCCCAACCAAAACCAACCGAUUUUCACUUCUAAGUGUAAUUUUUCAAUUGAUUUCUAGCAAGGAGUAAAAUGCUAAGGCAUAUAUAUUCAUAUUUAACAAUAUGUUUUGUUAAUGCCUUUUGCUACAGUUUAACAUGCUAACCAGGAUAUACUGCAUAUGAUGUGCUUUACGACUCUGCUAUCUUAGUUCAGCUAAGGUCAGUAGGGUCAUGUUGAUAGUAAAGUAUGUGUUAGCGAUAAUUUUAUCAUCUUGGAUGUUACUACUGAUACAUUUUUGGAAAUUUUAUUGUGAAUUGUUUUUAUAUGUCUGCUGGGGGGGAAACUAGACCUAAUGUUGUUUUCUUCAUUGCUGUAAGAUAUUUCACUGGUCAGUAGAUGCAUUGAGUGAAUAUAUUUGUGAUCAGGAUUUCGAAUGGAACUAGUUUACUAAUGCUGACAACAUAGGCCAGAUUUGAUAUUUCUAUGCAGAAAUCGUGUCAUGUCAUGGGCAUGUCCUUAUUGUAUCACCAAGCAAAUAUGGAAACCAUUUAAUUCUAAGGACAAAUCCAUAAGCUCUUUGACAUUCGUGUCAGUGAAAUAAAGUGCUGUUUUUUUUAA